AAGAGACAGAGACACUCAGAGGAAGGUCAGCAACACACCUCUAACAAAGAUUGAAACAUGGGAUCUUCAAUGCCUAAACUAGAAUUUGUCACAGUUUUAGCAGACAAACAUGUGAAAACUGGAGAAGACAUCAAACUUAGCUGUGAGGCAAACGCAGAGGAAUUAAUGGUAACUUGGGAAAAGAAUGGCCAGAAAUUGGAUUGUAUACAGGGCCAUAUGUCCAUGAAACAAACUGGUAAAUCAUUUGCCUUGGAAAUCAAGAAUGCUGAGGAGGGAGAUGAAGGGAAAUACACUCUAAUCCUGAGGAACAAAUGGGGCAAUGUCUCAUGCUCUGCCAUGGUCACUGUUGAACUCAAUGAAUGGAGGACAGUAGAAUGGAAUCAAGUUCAAAUGGUCAAUACCCUCAAUGCUUUUAAAAUUAGGGAUGACAAGGUCAAAGAGCUCCGCUUCCUUCUGCAUGGACCAAUUGGAGCAGGAAAAUCCAGUGUCAUAAGCUCCAUUAGAACCAUCUUUGGAGGACGCAUUCAUGUCGAUUGUCCUGCUUCUUCAGAAAUAACAGAGUUUUCUACGAGUCACACAUUACAGUUUGAAAAAUAUCAAUUUCGAAAUGCGCAGGAUGGAUUGCUUCCUUUUGCCUUCAUUGAUGUUAUGGGUGUAGAAAGUAGAGAACAUAAUGGGGUGCACAGUGACGACAUCAUCCACAUUUUAAAAGGUCACAUCAAACAGGGUUAUGUGUUCAACCCUGUGAAGCCAAUGACUAAAGAUAGCCCAUGUUACCUCAAAAACCCCAGCAUGAAUGAUAAGAUCCACUGCUUGGUGAACGUUAUACCAGCAGACAAACUCUCAAUGAUUAAAGAUGACUUCAUAAAAAAAAUGAAGACAGUUGGAGAAAAAGCAAUCAGAAUGGGAAUCCUUCAGGUGGUCUUGAUGACGAGAGUGGACUGUGCAUGUCCACUGACAAAGAAAGAUCUGCGCAAUGUCUACAAAAGCAAGAAGAUCAAGGAAAAAAUGCGUGAGUGUAGUGUUUUACUGGGUGUCCCAGUGAACCAUGUCUUCGCUGUGUGCAACUAUCAUGAGGAGACAGAAAUCAAAGAGGAGAAAAACUGCUUGAUGCUACAUGCCUUAACAAAGAUUGUACAGUGGGCUGAUGACUACAUAGCCAGAUAUUCCAACACACAAACAUCUGUUGAAGGUUAGGUUUUGAUCUGUUAUGGGAUAAAAUUAACUACUGAGAAAAUAAAGGCCUUGCAUCAUAAUUUCAUGAUAAGCUAUUAUUCAGAUAUCUUGUAGAUACUGUAAAGAGUGGCUUACUGUAGUACACUGGGUAGCACUAGAA